UUAUGUGGCACCAACUGGGCUUUAAACAAAGGUGCACCAAGUUGUACCAAAAUUCUCUGGAAAUCCCCCUUAAAUACUUGGCAGAUGGCACUAGAAUCUAGCAUCAAACCCCUGCUCGUGAUGGACGCCAAGAAUACAGCCGUCAAGCAGCCCUCGGCGACCGCACACCUUCACACUCACCUGCUGGCCCAUGAGCGCCUCCUCUGCACGCCGCCGCCGGCGCCACCACUCCUCGUUGACGUGCCGGUGCUGAGUAACCGGGCCGUGCGCGGCGCGCUGCUGCUAACCGCCAACUACGCGGCUCUGUUUGUUGGGUCGCUUUCGUCAAGCCUACUCUCUCGGUUCUACUUUGCGCACGGUGGCGCUGACCGGUGGCUUGCGACGCUGGUCCAGUCCGCCGGUUUUCCAAUGCUGCUCCUUGUGCUUUGGGCCCGGCCGGCGGCACCCAAGCUGUUCAGUGGCUUCACGCCACGGCUCGCCCUGUACUGCGUCCUCCUCGGCUUGGUGAUGGGGCUCAACAACUUGCUCUAUUCCUGUGGCACGUCCUAUUUGCCCGUGUCCACCACAUCGCUGCUCCUCUCCAUGCAACUGGCAUUCACGCUGGCACUCGCCGCGGCCCUUGUCCGCACGCCGCUUUCCUUUGCAAACGUCAAUGCCGUCGUGCUCCUAACACUCUCGUCCCUGCUGCUCGCGCUCCGACAUGGAGCGGGUGGCGGUGGUCGCUCGGACUCCGGAGACACUACCAGCCCGGACUACAUGGUCGGGGUUGCGGCUACCCUUGGUGCCGCGCUUCUAUUCGCGCUCUACAUGCCGGCGGCCGAGCUCGUGUACCGGCAUGGCGGGGUGACGGGCCUCCGGAUGGUUGUAGAGGCACAGGUGAUUAUGGAGGCGGUGGCGACUGCUUUGUCAGCGGUAGGGGUGGCUGUAUCCACAAGCGGUAACUGGCCAUGGACUGGCGUGGAGGAGACGUGGGACCUGUCGCCGGCAGCCUACUACGCGGUGAUUGGGGCGACCGUCCUAAGCUGGCAGCUGUGCUUCUUUGGCACGGCGGGCACGGUCUAUCUGACCACGUCACUGCACGGCGGCAUCUGCAUGACGGCCCUGCUCGCGGUGAACGUUGCAGGCGGCGUGGUGGUGUUUGGGGACGAGUUCAGUGCUGAGAAAGCCGUCGCGAUGCUGCUCUGCCUCUGGGCCUUCUCGUCGUACGUCUAUGGGGAGUACAAGAAAGGGUAUAAGUUGCUGGAGGGGGGAAAUCAGGUCAAUGAGAUUCUAGAUCGGGUUUAGUUUUUAUCCUGACAGAAAAUGUAAAUGUUCUAAGUAUUUUCCCCACUGUGUUCUGAAUUUUGCACAUAUUGUGAAGUCUUUGUCGUAGAAUUAGAGAAUUGCAGCGCACUAAUCAACUAGAAUUAGAGAGAAAAAAAAAAGAUUUGGAACAAGAACACAAAUACAUUCUAGAGCCUCUCAACUUCAUUAUAUUUGUUUGGGGCCAACAGGCCCUCAUCCUCUUGUAUAUACAACACUCCCCCGUACACACUUGACCGCGUCCAUUCAUGUCUCGUUAAAAACUCUCUCCAAAAACCCAUUGAAAAGAAACAAUAUGAAGGAAAAUAGUAG